GCCAGCAGGAUGUUAUAAAAGUAGAGCAAACUUUUGUUGAACAGUCUAAGACAGCAAGUAUUUGGCAACUUUAUCCUUGAUGUCAGACACGUUUCUUUAUGGUGGAUUUCAGCGGGGAUGAAAAAUUAUCAGUGCAUCAUCUUCUUUACUCUCUUGCAGUUUACUUUGGGUGUACACACAUCCAUACCGAAGGGACAGACUGUAAUGUUUCCUCUCCCUGAAUUUCCAUUGAGGAAAAUUAAUUCAAUUGAAUGGAAAUACCACACAAUCAACAAAACCAUCCUGCUGGCCAGGAUCAAUUUAAAUAAACAACAGCAUUCAAAAAUUUUCAGCAAGAGGACUGGGAUGCAAAUAAUGGAGAAUGGUACACUUCACAUUGAAGAUAUAAAAGAUGAAGACUCUGGGAAUUACUCUUGCACCAUCAUUUUCCAUGAUCAUAAGAUGCAGAUAGAGCAGAUUUUUCUUCAAGUACAUAAUGACUUGAAGACUGAACCUCCAAACAGCACACUGUACACCGCAACAGUGAAACCAUCAGAGUCCGGCGUUCCUGCCACAGCAUUGAUCACAAUACUUGUGUGCUCAGCACUUGCAGUCAUUUUAAUUGUAGCCACUAUUUUCAUCUUCAAAUGUAGAAAAAAGUGUUGCUGCACUUCAGAAGAACACAUCUAUGCCAAUAACACAAUAAUUCAAGGAAAUAAAAGGUCACAGGUGGGCAGAAGGAUGCCAGAUAAUAAAAACAGAUAAAGGCCCCCUAUAGCAAAGAGAUAAAAACCCAUGAUAAUACUGCAGCGCAUAAACUACCUCAGUGAUGACGCAUUUCUGUGGGCCUAACUGGACAUUACCAUUACCCUGGUCCCUCAACAAAAACCUAUAGAGUUUAUAUAACCUUAUUCUUUAAUGAGAACACUUUUUUGGUUUAUGGUUAAGUGAUUGUUUUUUGUUUUUGUCUUAUGUGUUAAAUGUAGAUAUUGUUGAUAGUUCACCAAUGAAACCUUUGCUUACCACUGAGGGUGAAAUAGUAUAAAAUGUCAGAAUGCAUGGCUACUUUUAAAGGGUUAGUUCACCCAAAAAUGAAAAUUCUGUCAUUUAUUACUCACCCUCAUGCCGUUCCA